AUGCUUCCUCUCACUCUUCCUUCCAUCAAUUUCACAUCCCUUUCAGUUCUUGAUCUCUCUAGCAAUAAAUUCACCUCCACGAUACCUCCUUGGUUGUUCAAUCUCACUAAACUAGAGAAUUUGGAUUUGUCAUAUAACAGUCUGACAGGAAAACUGCCUGAUUCUUUGGGAUAUCUUAAAAGCUUGAGAUACCUCAACUUGUCGGGUAACUCACUUGAGGGUCCAAUCCCAAAAUCGAUUGGAAAUUUAACAUCUUUGGAGGAGUUUAACCUUGGAGGGAAUCAAAUGAGUGGGAUCAUCCCAGAAAGUCUUGGGGAGCUCUCAUCACUGGUUUCACUUGAUAUCUUUGGCAACAAAUGGGAAGGUGCCAUUACAGAAGCUCAUUUCGCGAAACUUGGAGGCCUGAGAAAAGUAUUAAUUGGAAAUUAUCCCCGAAACAUUUCCUUUUCUUUGGUUUUCAACAUAAGUUCUGAUUGGGUACCUCCUUUCAAAUUAAGAUACUUGGAAAUUAGAUCAUGCCAACUGGGUCCCAAAUUUCCGACAUGGCUUAGAAAUCAGACUGAGUUGACCACGGUAGUACUCCUUAAUGCUAGGAUUUCAGGCACCAUACCAGAUUGGUUUUUGCAGUUGGAUUUGCAAUUAGAUGAACUAAGUUUGGCUGAUAAUCAACUCAGCGGCAGGGUGCCCAAUUCAUUAAGAUUCAGCUAUGAUUCCCUUGUUGAUUUGAGUUCAAACUGCUAUGAGGGCCCACUCCCACUCUGGUCCUCAAACAUUUCUAGGCUGUAUCUUAGAGAUAAUCGAUUUUCAUGGCCAAUUCUUCAUAACAUUGGUCAAGUGAUGCCCAAUUUAACACAACUAGACAUUUCUACGAACUCUUUGAGUGGAAGCAUUCCUCUGUUCUUGGGUAAUUUAAGCCAAUUACAAGUCAUAUUGAUCUCAAACAACCUCUUGUCUGGUGAGAUUCCUCAUUUUUGGAACAAUAUACCAUCAUUGGUUUCUAUAGACUUGUCAAACAAUAGUCUCUCUGGUACAAUCCAAAGAUCCUUAAGCUCUCUUACUUCACUCGAGUUCUUGGGCCUCUCUAGCAACAACUUUUCAGGUGAAGUUCCUUCCUUGAAAAACUGCACUUACCUGAAUAUUCUCGAUCUUGGUGAUAACAAGUUUUCUGGACCGAUUCUGGCUUCCAUCGGAGAAAGCAUGCCCAAUUUACAGAUUCUAAGCUUGAGGUCCAACUCAUUUACGGGAAGCAUCCCUUUAAAAUUAUGUGGCCUUUCCGCUCUCCAUAUAUUGGACUUCUCACACAACAAUCUUUUCGGAAAUAUUCCCCACUGUAUAGGAAAUAUCCCGACAAAUAUCGGAAACUUAGAGUCAAUAGAAACUCUUGAUCUAUCAAAGAACAAACUUUCAGGUUAUUCAAUUCCACAGAGUAUGGUUUCUUUAACAUUUUUGAAUCAUUUGAAUCUGUCAUACAAUAACUUGUCCGGGAAAAUUGCAACGGGUAACCAGUUUCAUACCUUUGUUGACCCGUCAAUUUAUGAGGGCAACCCUGGUCUUAGCAGUUGUCCAUUACCAAUUGUUUGCCAAGUCAAUGUAGGAGCACCUCAAGUUCCAAGUGGAGAUGGAGGAGAGGAUGAUGACAGCAAACUUGAAAAGCUACAGUUCGUCAUCAGCUUGGUGAUAGGUUUUUGUGCAGGGUUCUGGGGAGUUUUUGGGACUUUGGCCAUGAAGAGGUCUUGGAGAUAUGCGUAUUUUCACUUCCUUGACAAAGUGAAAGAUGCUGUCUUUUAUUUUGUCUCAGCCAUUGGUACUUAUUUGCGGAAAAGAUCGUAG